GCCUCGAGAAUUGAUAACACACUCUUCUGGAUCCCAGCAGUGUCCAGAAGAAGACCAAGGACAGAACAGAGACUAGGUUCGGUGAGAUGGGACAGAUUUUGGGAAAGAUCAUGAUGAGCCAUCAACCGCAGCCCCAGGAAGAGCAGAGCCCCCAGCGGAGCACCUCAGGGUACCCCCUCCAGGAGGUGGUGGAUGAUGAAGUGUCGGGACCAUCAGCCCCUGGGGUAGAUCCCAGCCCCCCACGUAGGUCCCUUGGCUGGAAAAGGAAGAGGGAGUGUUUGGAUGAAUCUGACGAUGAGCCAGAGAAGGAGCUCGCCCCUGAGCCUGAGGAGACCUGGGUGGCGGAGACGCUGUGUGGCCUCAAGAUGAAGGCGAAGCGACGGCGAGUGUCGCUCGUGCUCCCUGAGUACUACGAGGCCUUCAACAGGCUGCUUGAGGAUCCUGUCAUUAAAAGAUUCCUGGCCUGGGACAAAGAUCUGAGGGUGUCGGACAAGUAUCUCCUGGCUAUGGUCAUAGCGUAUUUCAGCCGGGCCGGCCUCCCCUCCUGGCAAUACCAACGCAUUCAUUUCUUCGUGGCUCUCUAUCUGGCCAAUGACAUGGAGGAGGACGACGAGGCCCCCAAACAAAACAUCAUCUACUUCCUGUACGAGGAGACCCGCUCUCAUAUACCCUUGCUCCAUGAGCUUUGGUUCCAGUUAUGCCGUUACAUGAACCCGAGGGCCAGGAAGAACUGCUCUCAGAUAGCCUUGUUCCGGAAGCAUCGGUUCCACUUCUUCUGUUACAUGCACUGCAGGGCUUGGGUUUCCCUGGAGGAGUUGGAAGAGAUCCAGGCUUAUGACCCAGAGCACUGGGUGUGGGUGCGAGAUCGCGCCCACCUUUCCUAG